AUGACUAAUUCUUUUCACUCUGAUUUAGUUUGGUGGUUAAAUAAUAUCAAUUCCAAAAACGAUAUUAAAAAAGACUGUUUUCAGCUAGAAAUCUACACUGAUUCCUCCCUCACAGGUUGGGGAGCACACUGCAAUAACGAAAACACGCACGGUUGGUGGACAUUAGAUGAAAAGAAAAAACACAUAAACUUUUUAGAAUUGCAGGCGGUUUAUUAUGGGCUCAAAUGUUUUGCAAAACAUUUAAGAAAUUGCAGUGUUCUUGUAAGAUGUGAUAACACCACAGCCAUUGCCUGUAUAAAUCGUAUGGGUAGUGUCCAAUACACUCACUUUCACGAGUUGUCAAAAAAGAUUUGGCAAUGGUGUGAAGAACGCAAUUUGUGGUUAUUUGCGUCUUACAUCAAUACAAAAGACAACUGGAGGGCUGAUUUGGAGUCUAGGGUAUUACAGCCAGAAACAGAAUGGUCCCUAGCAGACUACGCUUUUUCUUUCAUACAAGCUGAGCUAGGACCUAUUGAGCCUGGACCAGCAUCCUCUAUCUGCGAGUCUUUCCCUGGUAGCAGCGAGGCUAUCAGGAGAUCUUUAAUUCUUCAAGGAGUUCCUGAAUGUGCAGUAGAAACAACUAUACAGUCCUUAUCAGCGUCUACCAUUAAGCAGUAUGGGACAACAUAUAAACUUUGGUGGAAUUUUUGUGAAAAAUCCAACCUAAACCCGUUUGUAGGUAACACCCAAGAUAUUUUAUCAUUUUUACAGUCCAUGUUAGGAAAAUCAGAUAAUGUUUAUGGUUCUUUCAAUUCACAUAGAUCGGCUUUGGCGUUAAUACUCCCAGGAGAUAUCGGGAAUAAUAGGAUAAUAAAAAGGUUUAUGAAGGGUGUGUCUAAAAUUAGACCUCAGAAACCACGUUAUAAUUUUACGUGGGAUCCUAAGAAAAUAUUUGAUUAUUUUGAAAAUCACCCCCCAAACUCUUUUAAAACUUUAUCAGUUAAGCUCAUAACACUUUUAACAUUAGCCACCGGUCAAAGAAUUCAAACUUUAUCCCUUAUUAAAUUAUCUAACAUAAAAGAGUGCGGGUCAAAUAUUCAGAUGUUUAUUGACGAUCAAAUAAAAACAUCAGGUGUUGGUAGAAAACAACCCUGUUUGUUAAUACCUAAGUUUAGUGACAAACCAAGUUUAUGUGUUGUUUCCUGCUUACAAAAAUACAUCGAAGAAUCGCAAAAGAUUAGGGAACCUAGUUGCGAUAGGUUGUUCAUAACUUUCCAAAAGCCUCACAAAGUUGCCUCCAAACAAACAUUAAGUCGAUGGGUUAAGUCUGCAUUACAUAUGGCAGGCAUCGAUGUCAGUAUUUUUAAGGCACAUUCAUGUAGACACGCUUCGACAUCAGCAGCUCAAAGGGCUGGCGUCUCACUGGAUAUAAUCAGAGAUUCGGCAGGUUGGAGCAAGAACUCGGAGACUUUUGCAAAGUUCUAUAACCGACCCCUAAUGGAACGCGAAAAAUUCGCAACAAAUAUUUUAAUAUCUGAAGUCUUGGGUAUCCAGGCCUCUUCUUUCAAGGAUGCUCAGCAAUCCCCUGUGGUUGACGCAGUCGAAUGCCUUCGUGUAGUCUAUGAAGCAUAG